CAUGAACGGUCCAGAAGCAGAAGUCAAACAGAGAAUUAUGGGAUGCCUGGUUUCACUUCUGCUUCGGCCUGUCGAGGCGGAACAAGAGCUGCUGCUCGUGCCGCCUGCUGUGAGUAGAAAGUCGGUGAAUGAGCUGGAGGGUUUUCUAUGCUCUUUACACCUCCGACGGUUCGGUUGAACAAUGAGGAAGAAGACAUAUCCUUAAGGCUUGACUUGAAGAGAAAAGGGCAAAGAAUUAAACUAUGGCACUGUCCAGCCAGCUGGCUCCUGCGCUGAUCGAAGACUCCAGCCUGGCGGACUGGACGGUGAUCGGCUCGGGGGGUUUUGGACAAAUCUUUAAAGCCAGGCAUCAGAAGUGGUGCUGCGACGUGGCGAUUAAACUGCUUCAUCAUGACGACGGGACCAGCAAAUCUUUGCUGCGUGAGAUCGACAUGAUGCGUCAAGGAAGCAGCCCGUAUGUUAUUCAGGUACUCGGCGUCUUCAGAGGUCGACUGCCCUCCUAUGGCCCAACAACGCAACUCGGACUGGUCAUGGAGUUCAUGGAAAGAGGAUCAUUGGCCUCCUUACAGGAAACCUUACAUGAAACUCCACCCUGGCCGUUGGUGUUCAGACUGGCUCACCAAGUGUCUCUGGGUAUAAACUUCCUCCACAGUUUGUCCCCCUCUGUGCUCCACCUGGACCUGAAGCCCAGCAACGUGUUGCUAGACACCUCUCUCAAAGCCAAGCUUACAGAUUUUGGCCUUGCCCGGUUUUACCACAGCGUCUCGCGGAUUUCUAAGAAAGACAACGAAGAGGAUGGGGGCACGAUUAGCUACAUGCCACCAGAGGCGUUCAACUUAUCGUACACCCCUACCCGAGCCUCCGAUAUCUACAGUUAUGGUAUACUCCUAUGGGCCAUGGUCACUGGGAAACAACCAUAUGAACAUGCACAGACCAACAUAGUGCGGUUUCGAAUCCCACAAGGAGACCGUCCAUCCCUGGACGAGAUCACAAGCCAGGCUGCUGGCAUCGCAGGGCUGACUGGACUGAUGAACCUAAUGAAGAGAUGCUGGGAGGCAAAACCCAAGCAAAGACCGUCCUCACAGGAGUGUACAACCGAGACAGAAGAACUGUAUAAGCUGCACAAACACGCGAUAGUUGAUGCAGUCCACGAAGUGCUGAAGAAACUGGACGAGAAGGAAGAACAAGCUAUGACAGAGCAGGUUCACGUCACUCAGCCGUCAGAGGGCACCGGAGUUGCGGCACAAAACAUUUUUGAUAAUGUGCCGACGGGGCGGCCGCCAGUUCAGGAAGUGGCUGCCCACUGGACCCCAGAUAAAAGAGACAAAGCAAGAGUCAAAGAUCGGCCUUCGCCUGGAGCCCCAAAUUUGUGCGAUGUUGACACGAGUCGCUCAUCGGCGAACCACAAAGAGAAAGUGUCUUCCGUUCACCCGAUUCAUGCGUCACCGGCAUUAUCUUCGAUCAGGAUGUCAGCUCAAAGCAGAACAGCGACAAUAUCCCAGCAGGUUUUGAGGCCAAACCUGUAUCAACAGUACCACCGUCAGUUCUCCAGCCCUGAGGCUUUGUCCCGCCAUGCUCAACCCGUUCACAGUCCCGCCGUUCACAUCCACCUGAGUAACGUGACUGGAUUUCAGCAAGGCAACAACAACACCAUGUACAUCUUUGACCCCACGGAGAGGAAACGCCACCCGACGGCACCAUCUAGAGUCAGCGUCCCGCCACCACAUUCAGGAAACAGGAGGAACCAAACAGGAGGAGUUGGCUGAGUUCACAAUGAGUUCUCUAUUUUUUUUUUUUUCUUUUUUCACAAAGGUUGUGUUUUGUAACAGGAGCUUCCUACGCUUCCUAAAAUCUUAUUCUUGAUUUUUGCGUUUCUGGGCAGGAUUCAGAUGUUGCUUCGUUAGAAUGCAUUUUUUUAAACAGUCUUUAUUUAUUUUUGCUUCUUUUAACCAAUGAGCAAAACUUCACACCUCUUUUUUUUCUUUUGCUCUGUCAGCAGUAUAAAUAUGAGCCAGUGCCGGUCAUAUGGUCUUGUUUUUUUUGUGGUCGACAAAUAUCCACAGUUGCAGUGCCAACUCAUCCUGAGGUGCUAAAAAUCGCCUUACCAACAUAUUGACUGUCAAACAAAAUGCCAUGUGUUGAUACAUAUGUUGACAGAAACUCCUUAAAGGUCCAGUGUGUGAGAUUUAUCAUUAGUGUAUACCUUAGAAUGAACCUUUUAUAUCCAGCGCCGGUCCUGGCCACAUUUGCGCCCUGGGCGAAACCCCCCCCCCCAUCCUCCUGUCCGCUGCCCCCCUCUGCCUUGUCAACACCCCGCUCCCGGGGCGCCCGCUCCCCUAACUUAAUGGGCGGUAUCUAAAAUUCGCGAGUUUUUUUUCUUUUUCGGGCGGUCGUGCGCCCCCCACGGAGACUGCGCCCUGGGCGGCCGCCCACAUUGCCCAUAGCUAAGACCAGCCCUGUUUAUAUCUAUAGAAGGAGUGAGUCGGUAAUGUUGAACCGCCAUGUUUCUACAGUAGCCCAGAAUGGACAAACACUGGCUCUCGAUAGGUGUUUUGUAUUCUAGCUACCGUAGUUUAUUCUAUGGCAUGGAGGGUUACUCAUAUGGAACCUUUAAUACUUUAAUAGAAUUUUCCUCCACCUGUUUGGUACUUCAUGAAGAUUAAAACAUAUUUUUAUAGUAUUAAUUAUUUAUAUUUUAUAGUAUUUUAAAUCCAGGCCUGGCUACCUUUACUUGAACUGAAAUAUUAUUUUUUCUUUGUUUGUUUUUGGAAAGUGCAAAUGCAUUUUCUUUCUUUAUCGCUUUUUUUUGUUUUGGUGUUAUUGCAUUAAUUUAGUUUAUUUUAUACGUCUGUGUACUUUUGUGGGUACAUCUUUAGAAACCCUCACCUAUGCUCAUGAGCUUUGGAUAGUGACCGAAAGAAUGAGAUCGUGGAUACGAGCAGCCGAAAUUAGCUUUUAUGAGAUAGUGGAGAGGAGCUCGGAGUAGAGCCACUUCUCUUCAUUGAAAUGAGCUAGCUGAGGAGGUCCAGGCAUCUGAUUAGGGUAGACCCAGAACUCGCUGGAAGGGCUAUAUAGUCCAUUUAACCUGGCGACAGGUUGGGAUCCCGCAGGAGGAGUUGGAAAGUGGUUGCCAAACCUGCUGUCACCACAUGGAUGGAUCUUUAGAAACUCAUGAAGUGCAACCCAGAACUUCAUAUAUUUUCAAUACGUGUGUUUUUAAAUGUACAUUGUUUUUGCCAAAAACAUCAAACACAAAGCUGAAUUUUAAAAAAAAAGUGUGUAUCCAAUGAUGCACAAGACAUCAGGAGUUUUGCAGUUGAUGUAACGGUGCUGCCAUAUAAAGUUGGCGUCUUGAAUACUUCACUCAGUAGAAGCAUGCCGUAGCUUCAAUGAAGUGAUGAAAUGUUUGAACCAGUAUGUAAUAUUUAUGUAGUUGUCAUUUUGCAUUGUGUGAAUUGCUUUAUCUUAAAAAGUUAAUUGUCCACAAAUCACAUACAAAGACCAGUGACUUCUGUUGAUCAUGUGGUGUUUGUUCUUCUUUGGUUUGUCUUUGCUAAUGAUCUUUGGUAACAGUAGGUGGCAGUCUUGUUUUUCUGUUCAGCUAUGGUGUCUUUGAUUGACAUCUACUCAUGUCUUCUUUUGUUUAUUUCCACCAAAGUAUAGUAUAGUUUUAUUGAAUUAUGUUAUAUUUUUUUCCAUGUUUUUGACUCCCAAGAGUCAAAUCGGUGUUUACCCAGUUUGGAACCAAAGUCUUCGCAUUGGUUUGUACUCCAGACAUGAAUCUCCAAAGUGCUAACACAGGACUCUGCUGUGCACCGGAGCGUUGAGACUAAUCGGUUGUGACGGUCCAGUGUUAACACAACAGGCUCCUGGCACUGGAUCCCUUCAUUCACUGCCAAUCCUCCAUCUGCCACCGGAUCCUCUGCAGAGAGACGCACUGUCGCUUUGCGUCAAUGCGACGACAAACUCACAGGAGAACAUGAGAAAGAAUAUGUAUAGUUUAAGGUUUUUACAAUAAAAGUUGCAAGUUUGAUGCUUA